GGGCACCGGCCCCGGGCGGCCCGACGGGACGGGCGUCGAUGCCGGCCCCCGGCUGCGGCCCCGGGCCCGGAGGCGGGCAGGAGAGCCGGCGAGCGGAGGCCCGGGCGCGCUCGGGGCCGGCGCCCGGCCGUGCCCGGGGCCGCAGCAAAGGCCUCCGGGACCGGGGCCGGCCCGGCGGGCGCCCCGUUGGCGGAGACCCGCCCGCACUUCCGCCACACUCAACAUGGCGGCCGCGCGUCACCUCGCUUCCGCCGGCUGCCGGAAGUUGGGGUCUCGCCAACAUGGCGGCAUCGAAGGUGAAGCAGGACAUGCCCCCGCCAGGGGGCUACGGCCCCAUCGACUACCAGCGCAACCUGCCUCGCCGGGGACUGUCGGGCUACAGCAUGUUUGCGGUGGGCAUCGGGACCUUGCUCUUUGGCUACUGGAGGAUGAUGAAGUGGAACCGUGAGCGCAGGCGCCUGCAGAUCGAGGACUUGGAGGCCCGGAUCGCCCUCAUGCCGCUAUUCCAGGCCGAGAAGGACCGGAGGACCCUGCAGAUUCUUCGGGAGAACCUGGAGGAGGAGGCCAUCAUCAUGAAGGAUGUGCCCGACUGGAAGGUGGGUGAGUCUGUGUUCCACACCACGCGCUGGGUGCCGCCUCUCCCCGCCGAGUUGUACGGGCUGCGCUCCAAGGAGGAGUUGGACAACGCCAACUUCGGCUUUACCUGGUAUACGUAGGGUCCGAGCCGAUACCCGCAAUAAAGAAUAAUCAAGUAAA